GGAAGGAUUAAAAACCCUCGCCCACCCUUCACAGUCCACAGACCGGAAAUUUCCCCUGCCAUUGCCUAAUUCUUCCCAUUUCAAUUUGUUCUCAUCGAGUUUCGAUAACAGUCGAUCAUGGUGGAAGAAUCCGGAACAGUUGAAGCAGUUCCGCAGCAACAAUCUUCAUUCCCGCCAGAUUCAGCUCCGGCUGUUGUUCCAGCUCUUAUUCCGGUGGAAGACUCCAAUACUCCUCAGCUUGAAUCGGAUACUCGUCCUCCACCUGUUUUACCGGGCGCAAUUCUGAUUCCGAGUUCGGCUUCAGCUCCGGUUUCGUCUCCGAAACCCUCUGAUCUGACUCAACUCUUCCUAUACAAAAAUCAUUUGCAUGAGUACACUCAAAAGUCAAGGAUACCAUUACCAGUAUAUCAGACUUUUGAUGAAGGAUCUCAAGGCAUACCUAAAUAUAGGUCAACUGUUGUGGUUGAUGAGGUACAUUAUGUGUCUCCUAAUACGUUCCGUAAUCGAAGGGCAGCUGAACAAGAUGCUGCAAGAAUUGCCCUCGAGUACAUAUCAAAAAAGGCCAAGGAUGAUGGAUUUGUUCUCCUUCAUGAGGAUUUGAUGCUAUGCAAGUCCAUUUUGUCUGAAUAUACGGUGAAAAUGAGUUUGAAAAGACCUAUGUACACUACGAAACAACAUGAAGGCUCGGUUCCAAUUUUCCAAUCCACCUUGGUUUUUGAUGGUGUGGUUUAUACUGGUGAUAUUAGUAGGAGUAAGAAAGAGGCAGAGCAAUUGGCAGCACGUGCUGCUAUUCUUUCACUUCAUGAUGCAGGAAAUCCUAAAUCACAAAAAACUCUUGCCGAAAUCAUUGCAUCUAAAGUCCGGCUCCAUGCAAUGAUGCAAAAAGUUAAAGAUUCACAUCCUUCUCAAAUUCAACCGAAAUAUAUGCCUGAAAAUACAGUGGAACAUGUAACAACGACAGUUAAUGAAGAUAAAGAAGUCAAUGGUGCUAUUUUGGACAAUGUAGUGGCAUGUGGUGCAAUUUCAGAGAUUUGUCCAACAAUAUCUCAUCUUGGACCUGAACUUAGAUCAAUAAAACCGGUGGCAUCGUCCCCUUCAGAGAGACUUCCAAUAGAAUCUGUGCCUUCAACUUCAGAGGAGCCUGUUGGUGAUCGUGCAACUGGGACUAAAAAGCGAUCUAAGAACAAGAGAAAGGCUCGUAAGAAACUGUGUAUGGAGAACCAGGUGGCAACGGGACGAGUCAAACUGCUCCUUGCUCCAUAGCUCAAUGACUGUAAAGUAUCCUGUAUUAUAAGUGCUCCUCUGCUUCAAAGGUAACAUUUAAGAGUAGUUUUGAGUAUGAAUACCAUGAAUUCGAGAUUCCGCUUCUGUUGUAGGUCUAUGUUUGACAUCGACCACGCGAGUACACGAUCAGUCAGUUCAUAUGUUAUUAUAAAAUAUAGUGGUAGCUUUGUAGGCUGUCAUUAGGAGCCAAAAAAAAAAAAAAAACAUCACGGAUUGGUUUGGAUACUCAUAGAAUUAAGGUUAAGCUUCGUGGCUCAGUUUAAUUGUUUAUAUGAUGCAUUGAAGUAAUAUUUGUUAAUGCAGGGGUUUGAGAUAAUAUUACAUA